CAAAACUGUUUCUGAAAAUUGUAAACAAGAAUGUAAUGGUGCAGAGUGCUGGAUGUGAUGAUGAUAUGUACAUGUUAAAUUUAUUUAAACUAUAAAAUAUAUAAUUUAGGCUGUAAUUUGUAGGUAAUGACACCUUAUGACACUGUAUAAAAGUAAAAAGCUUUUCGAGAGGGAAAAGGAAUGGAUUAAUAAUUAAGAAUUUGUAUAGCCUUUUUUAAAUGUCUGUUUCAUGCAGGAAUAUUAAAUAUGCCGCAAUCAGUUUCAGCUAAUGUUAUAUUAAGUAGAAGAGUCAACACAGUUUCAUUAGUAUAUGUCUUAACAUUGUUAGACUAGGCGAAUAUGUUGCUAUUAUUACUAUUAUUAUUAUUUGUGGUGCUGCUGGUGUUGUUAUAGCAGUAAUAAUAAUGAGUAAUAAUGAAGAUCAAAUGAUAAACAGCCCAUACUGUGAGUUUAAAGAACAAAACGGGUUAAAAUAAAAUAUUAGGCUAAAUCAUUAAGGGUACAUCAAAUGUGGAACAUAAGGCAAGCACGCAUGUGCACGACGCGCGCGCCCGACUCCUCUUCCAACAUUGUGUGAGUUGACUGAGGAGGUGCAGCACUUCUUAAUUGGACUCCGCGAGUUUAAUGGUCUCCCAUCAGCUUCCUGUGGAUUUAUGUGGAGACAUGCCGGCAUCAAAGAAGACAUAAAAAAAAGGCUUCCACAGGCAGUAGAGAGUGAAGCAACAGCCCAGCUAUGUUCAGAGCAGUGUUUGGAAACAAGAAAGAGGGAGGAGGAAAAAGAAGAGACAAAAAGAGCCAGAGACAUCCAGGUGGUGAGGUGUACACUCACAGCACCUUGCAGAGGGGUAGUGGUGGGCGUGCCACACACUUCCAGGGCCAUGACAGCGGCUACACUGAAAGCCCAGUAAAACUGAUGAGACUGACCAAGGGUGCAUCCAUUUCUUUACCGUCCUCCCCUCUUCUCCCUCGCCAGGCCAACAUAGUUCCCUCCCAGUCCUGCAUCAAGUUCACAGGACGGGUAAGGAAGCUGGAGUAUGUGGAUGGCUCUUCCAGUGCGAGAGAACCUCUUGUCUUUGCCUCCUGCCGUGGCAAGACAGACCUCAGAGACCUCCACGUGGAGCCCCAGCUGGGCUCCUCCCUUUCUACCCAGGAACUGAUGACCAGACUAUGCUUCUUAUUGGGAGAAGCAACGCCUGGCACUGCUAGCUCUCUUAUGGAGGACAGGAGGGAAAAGAAGUGUGACACCUCUGCCCAGGAGGGGAGUCCCAGCUCCACUCUGACCUGCAGCACUGCCUCCCCCUGUUCAGAGAGCCCCUCUUCCACCCUGAGCACCAGUGCUGGAGGCCAGCCUUUACCCUUACCUUCACCAAACUGCAGCUCCAGCACCAGCCCCAGUGGGACCCUCUCCUGCCCUGUACCCAACCCUGCACCUUGUUCUGCUUCUGGACCCAUCACCGGGAGCAGCCCUGGGCCUCCUUCUCAAAGCCCGACCUCCACCCUGGAGAGCAAGGACAGUGGAAUCAUAGCAACCAUCACUAGUUCCUCUGAGAAUGAGGAGCGCAGCGCCUCUAGUGAGGUUCUGACUAAGGAUGAAGGCCUGGGGGGCGGUGCCGGUGCAACGGGCCAUGCAAGCGAGGACCGUCAUCCUGGGCCAUCCAGGGACAAUCUAACCACCCAACCAGAUGAGGCCUUACCUAGGACUGAAAUCAUGGAGCCCAGGACUCCACCAGCUCCGAAAAGACCCCUCCCACAGCACCACGUACACACCACUUCCUCCCUUGUGAUGCCCCGUCCAAAUUCUGUGGCAGCAACCAGCUCCACUCGACUAGAGGAUUUGAGUUAUCUGGAAAACCAAAGGGCUGCUGGACACAGGGGCUCCGUCCGUAAACACAACACAGCUGGACGCACAAAUGAUGACUCCAAAGGGAGAUUGGUGCCAUUCAAACAAGCUGACAUCAUGCUAAAACCGCUGCUGUUUGAAGUCCCCGGCAUCACUGCAGAAACACCUUUUGUUGGACGGGAUUGGCUCUUCACACGUCUGGAGGAGGUCCUGAGAAAAACGAGCAGCUGUGAGGGACGUGGUGCUGUCAUUGUGGGUAACGCAGGAUCCGGCAAGACUGCUAUCAUCUGGCGGCUGGUGACACUCAGCUGUCAUGGCAUGCGCACGCCACAGGGAGGUCCCAGCAUCCCUCACAGCCCCAGUUCCUCUCCUAAAUGUGGGGAUAAGCAGGGAAAAGGAGCCUCCAAACAACCAGCUGAUUCCCAGCCCAACCUGAGUGCUGUUGCAGGAACAAGUGAUAGUACAGCACAGAGGAAGGAGGCUGUCAGAUGCCUUGCUGCCAAGGUGGUAGCCUACCAUUUCUGUCAGGCUGACAACACCUAUACCUGCCUGGUGCCGGAGUUUGUGCACAGUGUUGCUGCCCUGUUGGCCAGAGCACCACAGCUUGCCCCGUACAGGGAGCUGCUGGUACAAGAGCCUCAGCUACAAAACACACUAAGCCUGCGAUCCUGCGUUCAAGACCCCAUCGCUGCCUUCCGAAAGGGUGUCCUAGAGCCCAUAGCCAGCCUGCGCAAGGAGCACAGGCUACCUGAAGAAGACUACAUCAUAUUGGUUGACAGUCUUAAUGAGGCAGAAUUCCAUAAACCAGACUAUGGGGACACCAUUGCCACUUUCAUUACCAAAAUAAUCCCCAAAUUUCCACUCUGUCUUAAGUUGGUGGUCACAGUCAGGACAGGCCUUGUGGAUAUCACUACCGUUCUUCCCUUCUCUGGCAUCUCUCUGGACAUCCUGCCAGACAGCAGUGAUCUGGGUGCUGACCUGAGUGACUACAUCCAUCACCGGGUCAGCAGCAGCACCCAGGUCGCCGCUAACGUCACCACGCCAACAGGCUCGGCCCCUGAUCAGCUGCUCCUCAGCAAGUUCAGCAGCCACCUGUCAACACGGAGCCACGGCUCCAUCCUCUACCUUCAGCUGACCUUGGAUUUGUUCCACAAGGGCCACCUGGCUCUGAAAGGAGGGAACUACCUGGUGGUGCCUGUCUCCCUGUCAGAGGUGUACCUGCUGAUGUGUCAUGUGAGCUUUCCGGAUAAAGAAGUCUUUGAACGGGUACUUCCAGUGCUAAAUGUGGCACUGGCGUCUCUGCACCCACUGACUGAUGAACAAAUGUUCAGGGCACUGAAUGCAGGCAGUGUGAGGGGGGAGCUGGAGUGGAAGGACUUCCAGCAGAGAUUAGACAGCCUGGCUGGAUUCAUGGUGAGACGCAGAGAUGGCACACGGAUGCUGUGUCAUCCCUCCUUCAGAGAGUGGUUGGUUUGGAGAGCAGAUGGAGAGAGCACGGACUUUCUCUGUGAUCCAAGGAGUGGCCACGCUCUCCUGGCCUUCAUGUUCUCCAGACAGGAGGUCAAGCUGAACCGGCAGCAGACUAUGGAACUGGGGCACCACAUCCUCAAGGCUCACAUAUUCAAGGGUCUGAGUAAGAAGACAGGUGUGUCCUCUAGCGUUCUCCAGGCCAUGUGGGUGAACUGCAGCACGGACAGUCUGUCCGCUGCGCUGGCCUCCCUGAGGAACCUAUAUACACCUAACAUCAAGGUAAGUCGUCUGUUGAUGCUAGGUGGCGCUAGUGUGACCUGGUGUACAGAGGUGGUAGGACACGCCCCCAUUCUGGCCGUCCACGCCUACCUGGGGCAUGUGGAGAUGAUAGCUCUGCUGCUUGAAAUGGGCGCUCCUGUAGAUGGGACCACUGACAGCGGCAUGACGCCCCUCUGUUUGGCCGCCGCUGCAGGACACACCGACAUUGUCAGCCUGCUCUGCAAGAAAGGGGCCAAGGUGGGCCAUGCUGAUAAGAGUGGCCAGUGUGCGCUGGUUCAUGCCGGGCUGAAAGGCCAUGCGGAAAUCAUCAACAUCUUGCUAAGCCAGGAUUGGGGUGCAGAGAUCCCCACUGAUCCACAGCAGCACCACAGCAAUGAGACUGUGACCGGGAAAACACAGGCAGCUCAACAGGCAGUUACAGCUGCAGCUAGUGUGGGACACACACAGGUGGUGAAGAGCUUGCUGGACUUGAAAGAUGAACAGCUGGCAGUGCAGAUGGACACUCACGACUCUCUCUGGGGAGAAACGGCACUGAGCGCGGCAGCAGGGAGAGGGAGGAUGGAGAUGUGUACGUUCCUCCUGGAGCGGGGGCCAAGCCUGGAGAUACCCAACCGCAGGGGGAUGGUCCCGCUGCUAAGUGCCACCAAACACGGUCACACACAGGUUGCAGAAUUGCUGCUGAAACAAGGUGCAGAUAUCAACGUCAGCGACAAGCUAGGUCGUACUGCACUGAUGCUGGCUGCCUCAGAGGGCCACAUGAGCACUGUUGAACUCCUGCUGUCAAAUGGUGCCUCUCUGUCCUCUGCUGAUCAGGAGGGGCUGACUGCACUUAGCUGGGCGUGUCAGAAGGGCCAGAAAGGUGCGGUGCAGCUUCUGGUGGAGGCAGGCGCAGACCUGAACCAACCAGACAGACAGGGACGGACUCCUCUUGACCUAGCUGCCCUUAACGGGGAUGCAGAUACAGUGCAUUGCCUGGUGGAACAUGGAGCAGUGCUGGAGAGAGCUGAAAACAACGGUGCCAGAGGUUCAGACCGGACGACUGGCUGCCAGAACCCGGCCCUGGUGGCCUCGCUGCUUAAGAAAGGAUCCAAGAUGGGCUACAGAACGGCUCCACAUGAUCGAUCAGGUCAUGCUACGUGGGCUAUGGCUUCUUCCAAACCAGACAUUCUCCUCAUCCUGCUGCAGAAGCUGAUGGAGGAAGGGAACAUACUUUACAAGGUAUGCUAUGGUGAAUGUUAUAGAGUGUGUUUUGAGGGUGUGGCAAACCUUGCAGCCUUUUAUUUAAACAGACACUUGUUUUUGUGGAUUAGCUGUCAAAAUUUGUCUUCCCUACUUCUUUAUGUCUGUUUUUUUCUUCCUCUCCUCCUGUGUGUUUCUCAGAAGGGACGUAUGAAGGAGGCAGGCCAGCGAUACCAGUAUGCCCUGAGGAAGUUACCUCGUGAGGGGCAAGGAGAGGAGCUGAAAGGGCUCAAAGACCUGCGGGUCUCCCUCUAUCUAAACCUUUCCCGCUGCCGCAGGAAAACCAGUGAUUUUGGCAUAGCUGAGGACUUUGCAACAAAAGCUCUGGAACUGAAACCCAGGUCUUAUGAAGCGUAUUAUGCCAGAGCACGUGCCAAGAGGAGUAGCAGGCAGUUUGCUGCAGCGCUGGCAGACCUCCACGAAGCAGCACGACUCUGCCCAUCCAACCGGGAGAUCCGGCGCCUGCUGGUGCGGGUAGAGGAGGAAUGCAAACAUCAUCAGAAGGCAUCCAGCAACAACACGGCACAGGGUUACAACAGGGACCCUCACACCCACCACCAUCAAGCCACAGAGGAGGAGACAGACGUCUAUUCACAGGGAAGUCUGGAGAGGCAAAUCCCCACAGAGCAGACUGAUGCAGAGAAGGAGGAAGAGAAGGUGGAAGGUGAGGAAGUGAGCCUGCAGUGUGGGAAAAGUCCAGAAUUUUGGCCUCUGAAUCCGUACGCUCCCAACAGGACUCUCCCUGGAGGUGUGGCCUUUGGUGUAGCAGAUCAGUCACCAUGUUUCCCUCAAGAGGAAUAUGUGCAGAACCAACUGUUUGUGGACAUGCCUGAGCCCGUUCCUGCUAUCAACAGGCAGACCCAGAACCAGGGCAGCAGGACUCAUCACCACUGCCACUCCCUCCAGUCAGGGAACAGAGUUGGGGGCAGGCCUCUCUCUCUGUGUGGUCCCUCCAGUCCUCUGCCCGGCAGACAUAUCUCCACCUCUCUGAGGCCUGCACCGGUGCUGGGUAUUGACAUCAGCCCUGGAUCGGCCAAUGAACACUCUGGACACAGCCCCACUGAGCAUUAUCACCCCAUGUCCCCCAACAGCUCCUCCCCACCUGGGCCUCUCCAGAUGUACCAGCCCCGCUCCUCCAGCUUUUCCAGGGGCUCUGACAGAUUCUCCACCCACUCUGUGGCUCUAGAUGGCCUGGCUCUUGCUCUGGGGUCUGGUAUGGAGGUUAGGAGGGAGGGCGGUGGAGGAGGAGGAACAGCAGGCUCAAGGGGCUCCAGCUCCAGUCAGGCCUCCAGUGGGAACCUAUCAGACGGCGGGAGGCAGCAGGUGCCGGACGCCCCAUGCCCCAUCAAGAGUAGUGGUAGCUUCAAGACAAAACCUGAGCUAAAGCCCCGGCCCUUCAUGGGAGUAAUGGACAAAUCAGUGCGAGUCCAGGGCCAGCUGACCUCUGGCCUGAGCCGGCAGGGAGGAGGAGGAGGGGUGGAGAGUUUCAGUAUGUCAGCAAUGGAGUUUCAAGGGUUUAACAAUGAGUUCAAACGCUCUUCAUUUCAGGAGCAGCUCUCUGGAAGUCAGGCCAACAGCCAGCAGCAGGGCCGGGAUUUUGGAGAGCGGCCCCACCAGCGAGAGGCCAGAGCCACAGCAUCCUCCCAGCUACGUUUCCCUGAUGGGAGGCACAGACAGGCGAGCCUAACGAGAGACAACCCGGCUCUGCAUAUGGCUCCCAUCAAACCCAAACGCUCAUUUAUAGAGUCCAACGUCUGAAUAUAGUUUAUCAAAGCACAGAUACAGGCUGAUUUCAACAAACUAUGUCCCACAUAAGGUAGCAAGGGAGACUGGUUUGAUAGCAGCUCCCUUCCCUGAGCCUGUUUUGUAGAGUUAUGCUGCUGCACUGCACUUACAAUCUAGAACCAGUGUUCAACUCAGGCUACUAUGCUUUUGCUUACAUGUCUACAGCUACACUAGUGUAUUCAAGAAAACCAGACAUACCUUAAAUAGGGAUUUAAAAACAUAAGUAGUAUAUUGUCUAAACUUUAUUAUAUCAAAUACAGUAUAGAAGUCAGAGAAAGCUUUGUGCACGAAUAUAAAAACAACCUCAUGCUGUUAGUUGCAGGAUAUGACCAUUUCUAUUGUCAAGUGUCUUUUAAAAAAUAUUUAUAUUUGUACGGUGUACACUAUAUUUGCAGAUUAUAUAUUGCCCUGUAAGUGGUUAUCUGUCAGCAUUACAGGCUUCAAAAGAAAUUACUUUGUGUACUUGAGAUUCUUUUUCUUGGUACAUUUGAUAAAAAACGGCACUGUACAUGACAUUGUUGGAAACUUCUUGUCAUAAUCUAAUAUUUAAUGGAUUGCUUCAAUAUCCACAGUAUAUGUUAUUUAUUUUUGCAUAGCAGAUGACAUAUUCAUAUGAAGUGCUUAUUGGUUUGUUUGGACACAGAGAGAUCAUUUACACAAGCAACAGUCAAUAAUAACAAAUCUUAAGAGACUUCUUACAUUGCUGUAUGUCCAUAGUUGUCAUAUACCCUUUUCAGAGUCAUACUAUGGAUUACAGAAUGGUACCACAUUAUUAUUGUGGUAUAAUAAAAUAUUAAUGGAGGACUACA